AUGGCGGCGUUGUUUGUUUUCGGCCAAAGAAGAAGAAAACAACGCACCUUUAAGGAUCGCAUUUCAUCCUUAGAUCAUCUGUCAGAUGUGGAGGUUGUGGACCGAUAUAGACUCUCACGAAUCGCCAUUAUUUAUUUGGAAGAUAACCUAAGAAAUGACCUUUCUACUCCUACAAACAGGUCACAAUCGGUAUCGUCUAUGACGAAGGUGCUGGUUGGGCUUAGAGUUCUGUCUAAAGGAAAUUUCUUAUCAGAGGUAGCCGACCUGCACGGCAUAUCGAAGCAAACAGCGUCAAGGGUGUUGCAUGAGUUUGUAGACGCUGUAAAUCGAAAUAUUGACAAUAUAAGAUUUCCAAGAACACAACAAGAAUUGGCAGAAGCAAAACUUGGCUUCUACAAAAGAUGCAAAAUUGCCAAUAUCGUAGGUGCAGUCGACGGAACACUCGUCCCUAUCAUUGCCCCGAAAGACAGUGGCGAAGCCUACAUAUGCCGGAAAGGAUUCCAUGCUAUAAAUGUGAUGGCUACAUGUAGCCACGACAGAAGGUUCAUCGACAUUGUCGCCAAGUGGCCAGGGUCGCAGCAUGAUUCUUCUGUCAUGAACACCUCGUCGUUGAAGGAACACAUGGAGAGUGGGAGGCCAGGGAUGCUGCUGGCUGAUAGCGGUUAUCCACUCACUACCAGCCUGCUAACUCCGCUUGCUAAUCCCGUAACGCCUGCUGAAGCAAGAUAUAACAACGCGCAGAGCAAGGGAAGGAUGGUUAUCGAGCAGAGUUUUGGAAUCCUGAAAGGAAGGUUUCGAUGUCUCCACAAAACCGGCGGUGUGUUGAGUUACAGUCCCGAAAAGUCGUGUGCAAUUUUUAUGGCAUGUGCCAGGUUGCACAAUAUGUGUUUGGAUUGGGGUCUGACACUGGACGAUGCCCAAGUAGUGGACCCAGGCCAAGAUGCUAUGGAGGCCUGGAUGGGACAACCAGGCUUGCAGGUGCAAGAACUGCGACGACGAGUUGUGAACACUUUUGUGUGAAAUUGAACGUAGUUUGUUUGUUCCAUUUCCUUUAAUUUAAAUAGUUUGUGAUCGCUUUGUGUUAAUACAUGAUGCAAAGUAUAAUACAAAUGAAUGUGUGCACUUACUAAGUGAUGUAAAAGUAAACAACAAAUAUACAGUAUUGUGACCUUUACAUGGAAGUUAUUGGUUGCAAAUGGACUGAACAUGUUGCCCUGAUUAACAGAGUGAUCAUUUUGUACAAGUAUUACAAUUAACUGUUAUUCAAGUCAUAUAUGUAAUUUAUGCAAUUGAUAUGAAUUGUCAAAAUGGAACAAAUAACAAAGAAAUGCCAAAACAAAUCAUUCGUUUUCCAAAGUCCCUUUUUAAUGCUGGCAUAUCCGCAAUGUUAACACAUUUGUAAACAUUCAACAAGACGGCGUUUUAAAACAACGUAUUAAAGCCAUAUUUUUUAUUCCACCAUGCAAUUUUGCAAACCUAAGAUUUGAGCUAAUUUGCUUAUUAUUUAACAAAUAGGAUCAAUUUUCAUACUUAUAAGAGAUGUGUUCAUUCAAAUAACCUUAAAGCGUUUAAAUGUAUGAAAUUGGGAGAAUAUUUCUUCAUUUUCUUAAAGCUGCACUCUCACAGAUUUACCGUUUUGAUAACUUCUUUAUUUUUGUUUUGGUAUUUAAAUUAACAAUUUGUUUGCUUAUAUCUGUAUUCCAGUAAUGUAACAAUGAUGACAAACAAUCAGCUUGGUUUCAUAAAUCCUGUUUUAUGGCUAAAAGCGUUACUUACAGUUAAAGGAGAAUGCAUUAAUUUAAACAUAUUUUUUUAAACUUAAUUACAAAAAUCUGCGAUCUGAUUUCUUUAUCAGCCGUCUUAUAGCAUUGGUUUCCUUGCAUUUUCGCAUAAAUUUGCUUGUUCCAAAACAGAAUAUAAAAUUAAUUGUCAAAUGAUUCAAUCUGUGAGAGUGCAGCUUUGAGGUUUUACAUAAAUACCUAGUUUUUUUACCCAAGUUCCUAUUCUAAUCAGGUGCAGGAAAAAAUUGCCUUAAAAUUAUGACAUAAACAUAACAACAUAUAAAUAUCACAUAUUUUUUACGAGCAAUUUAAGGGCUAUUUAUUGACAGUAUAUACCCCAUGGAUGGGGGCACUCUUAUUAAAUACACCACCCUCCUACAGAAGCAAAUUUGGGAUUCAAAUUAGCAAAACAAACACGCGCCCAUACACUUUUUAAAUAAUUGCCCCCCCCCCCAAUUUUAUAUGUUUUACUGGGGUAACCCUAAAUAAAACCUCUUUAACACAACAAAUAUACAAUUAUGUCAACAACUUAGACUAUCACAGUAGCAUUAUGCAAAAGUGCAGUACAUUGUAAAAUUGUAACAGGUAAAUGGGAUAAGAACUAAAAGACAUUAAGAUAUUUAUGAUAUCACCCAUGUCAUUUUAACCAUAAUAACAAAUCAAUUAUGCACAACA